AUCAAACACAGAAAAGCCACGGAGCUUAUGUAAAGAACACAUCAUGAGCUCUGACAGUUUCCAGUACUGUGCACUGUUCGAGUACAAGCAGGAGCGGGGUGACGAUAUCUCCCUGCAGCCUGGAGAUCUCCUCACGGUCAGUAAGAUGGCACUGCUGACAUCCGAUUACCAGGAGGGUGAUGAGAAGUGCCCAAAGGGCUGGCUGCAUGGCACCAAUGAAUGCACUAAGGAGAAGGGCAACUUCCCCGGCACCUUUGUGGAGUAUGUUGGGGUCGUGAGGAUGGGCCUUACUUCAGGGAAGCCUUGGCCAAGACCUGUACCGCCAACACCUAUAGGGCCCCUGCCCCCAGGAGCCUCUGCUUCAGAAGGCCCCUGUGGAAAGGGAGAUAUGGAGCAGUGUGCUCUGCCUGACCAGUUCCCAGCUGUGGUGCUCAGGCUGAUGGAGGCUCUUGAGAGACUGGACUGGGAGAAAGAGCCAUUGUACCAGUCCGGCCAGACCUCGACUGCAUCCCCAGGAUUAUUGCAGGCUUUGGAAACAGACCCAGCAGCAGUGGACUUUGAGCAAUAUGAAUUGUCCACAUUGGCUGAUACACUUAAGAGUUACAUUCAGGACUUGCCCUGUCUGCUCAUACCAGCUGUAGUGUACAGCGAGCUGGUCUACACUGCUCAAGAAACCCAAAGCAUAGAGGAGUGUGGACAGCAGCUGAAAAGAAUCCUUGACUCUCCCAGUGUCCCUCAGGCUAACCACCAGCUCCUGGUUCAUCUGACCCGACACCUGAGUAAGGUGGCCAAAAGUGGGGGAGCAGCUCAGGCAAGCCCCAGGCUUCUGGCUCUGGCCUACAGCGAGGCAAUCUUUAAAAACAACCACUUCAGUGCGGAUGUAAACCCAGAACAUCAUGUGAAAAUUCUCGAGGCACUUAUCAUGGUUGGAGGCCUAAUGGAGAUACAAGCUGCUCCAGCUCUUCCUCCUAAGCCAACAAAACCCAUGACACCAGUAAAUGGCAAUGGUGUGAAAGAAGCCACCAGCGGCUCAUUGCAAGAAGCAGAAUGGUACUGGGGAGACAUAUCAAGGGAAGAGGUGAAUGACAAACUGAGAGACAUGCCUGAUGGUACUUUCCUGGUACGGGACGCCUCGACCAAGAUGCAGGGAGAUUACACGCUAACACUAAGGAAAGGUGGAAACAAUAAGCUAAUAAAGAUCUAUCAUCGGGAUGGGAAGUACGGAUUCUCAGACCCGCUCACGUUCAGCUCAGUGGUGGAGCUCAUCAGUCACUACAGGCACGAGUCACUGGCCCAGUACAACACCAAACUGGAUGUAAAGCUCAUGUAUCCCGUCUCCCGCUACCAGCAGGAUCAGCUGGUGAAAGAGGACAAUAUUGAUGAAGUGGGGAGGAAACUCCAGGAAUAUCACAAUCAAUAUCAGGAGAAGAGUAAAGAAUAUGACAAACUCUAUGAGGAGCACACAAAAACCUCACAGGAGAUCCAGAUGAAACGUACUGCAAUAGAGGCCUUCAAUGAGACCAUAAACAUUUUUGAAGAACAGUGUCACACGCAGGAACGCUACAGUAAAGAAUACAUUGAGCGAUUCCGCAGAGAGGGCAAUGACAAAGAGAUUGAAAGGAUUAUGAUGAACUAUGAAAAGCUCAAAUCCCGUCUUGGCGAGAUUCAUGACAGUAAGACCCGGCUUGAACAGGACCUAAAAACGCAGGCUCUAGACAACAGGGAGACGGACAAGAAAAUGAACAGCUUGAAGCCAGAUCUUAUCCAGCUCCGAAAGAUUAGAGAUCAGUACCUUGUUUGGCUCAAUCAUAAAGGUGUUCGACAGAAACGAAUAAACGACUGGCUGGAGAUCAAAAACGAGAACGUGGAUGAAGCCUACUUCGUCAGUGAGGAGGAUGAGAACCUGCCACACUACGAUGAGAAGAGCUGGUUUGUGGGGGACCUUAACCGAACGCAGGCAGAGGACUUACUACACAGCAAACCUGAUGGAGCCUUCCUCAUCCGCGAGAGCAGCAAGAAGGGCUGUUAUGCCUGCUCUGUUGUUGUGGAUGGCGAGGUGAAGCACUGUGUCAUCUACAGCACACCACGCGGCUAUGGUUUCGCCGAGCCCUACAACUUGUACAGCACUCUGAAAGACUUGGUCCUGCACUACCACCAGACCUCACUGGUCCAGCACAACGACGUGCUCAAUGUGCGGCUGGCGUACCCAGUGUAUGCACAGAUGCCCUCAGGCCCUCGGAGAUGAAGACUCGCCCCCCCAAUCUUAAACUCUCUAUACUCAUGGGAGGGGGGAACCGUUUCUGAACAAAAAACAUACAACAACAAAAAAACACUUGCUGCAACACACACGUCAGCCACCUUGGAGUUAUAUAUUUUUACAAGAACAAUUUGGAGGGCAUUCUUUCUAAAGACCGCUUGAUUUGCACAAGGAAGUUCUAAAUGUUUGUGAAUGUGUGGAGAAAAAAAAAAAAAAAGCAAGCAGGAAGCAGAAGAGGCGAGUUUCAGGUGACCCGCGCUGCUACCUAAACUCCAGCUGGGACUUUUUACGUGCUCCAUUUUAGCUUAAGCUUUUUUUUUUCUGCCUCUAUUUUCUCACAUUUUUCUAAGGUGUUUUUUUUUUGUUUGUUUUUUAUUUGUCUUUGCAAAAUUCUAAAAUAUAUGCAAAGCAGUAAAAUAUUUAGUUUGUUUAUGUCUCCAUCUCUGUUUGUGUGUUUUAAAAAAGGCAAAAACUAUGUAGCAAAGAGACGACUGACACUUUCCAGAGUGAUCUCACAGUGACUGCUGCUGAACGAGGGGUUGUGGGAUGUUUGGGAGGGCUCAAGUGAAAAUAUGUUGUGUUCUAAACAAAAGCUUGUUUUAACCUAACCCUAGAGAGGUGUUUAUUUUUAUUUUUUUGUAAUUGGUUUCAUUUUGGCUGGAUCAAGGUUUUUUUUGUCCUUUCCUAAGCCAUUAAGUUCGCUACAGUUCAGUGCAGAGACCAAAGUUGGCAUGGGGAGGAUUUUAUUUGUUAGGGUUUUUUUUACUUUUUGUGAUCAAAUUGACUUGUAGUAAUUGAGUGAAAUUAUACUUUAUACACCUUGUUUGCGAACUACAUAAAAUAGUUUGGAUCUGUGUCUUAUGA